CGGAAUGUGGUAGAGCAAUCCUAAACAAAGAAAGAUCAAACACUAUGCGAUUUGCAAUAGGAGUCCGAAUGUGGCUAUUAACACGUUUUACUAAUUAGAGGCCAUUUAAGAAUGAAUAUGCAAAAACAAAGCGAUCAUUUGAUGAAUGAAAACAAACUCCCAACUCAAGUAUGGUUGGUAAAACAGUUCUAUUCAAUUAACGGAGCCUUUAGAAACUAGAGACCAUAAAGGUCACUUCUCAUAUAUGAUAUAACCAAAAUCGUCAAGCCCUAAAUGAUUGGUUUUGAUAUCGAGGAAUCGUAAUCCCGUUAGCAAUUUGAGACGAGUACUCACAAAUAAUCACUAUGGAAAGCACAUGUGUCGAUCUAAAUGGCGUCUUAGAAUAGCAUUGUGGUCGAACCAAUAGAAAAAAACUAAAAUUUGUUGUACUUAACCAAUUUUAUUUUAAAUAAAAAAAAUUGAAAUUGCUAAAUUGGUACUUUUUUCCCCACAUGGUUUCUUAUCUUUACUGGUUGGAUUAUUACUUGUUGGGAUUCAUCAUAAAAUUUAACCUGCUGAUGAACAUUCAUUGUGAAUUUGUGAUAUUCAAUAUCGAAUCACAAUGAUUCAAUUUAAUGUGACUAUGACCCAUCAUAUUUUUCUUUUAUUGGUUGUAUUUUCUUUUUCUGAACUUGGCCACACACAAGAAACCCCACUGUUAAGGAAACAACAAAAUGGAGAAAAGAAAAGAAAAGAAAAGAAAGGAAAGGAUUUGGCUUGCCAAAGAAACAGAGCAAGUUUGUUUACAAUUACAAUUAGACAAGCGUGUUUUAUUUACGAAAUAAAUGGUAAUGAAAUAAGUAAACAAUUCACAGCAUGCUCCUGAUUAUAUUGUAUUUGUACUAGCAGUAGCACUGCUUUCCUUUCCGCCCAUCAUCUUCACAUAUCGGCAGCCAUUUUUGUCCGCCUAACAUUACUAAAGGGGAGAUUCAGCCUCCCUCGUGUUUUCCCCCCUCUAGUAACAAAAACACAAAUUACAAACAGACGAAUUUGUUCCUUCUUCCUAGUUUCGCUUUUUUACUCUUCAUUCACUUCCCCUCUGCUGGUUGCUUCAAUCCAUCCACCGAAGAAAUUCUUCGGAACUGGGUUUUGCUAAUCUCAGCUUUCUGGUAGAUGGGCAUGUGACGGAGAGAAGGAAAGUUGAAAUCUUCUUCUCUUACCUGAAAAUUCUUUUGUUGUUUACCUGUAUGAAAGAGGAGGGAAGGGCGUAGCUGCUUGGUUGUUUUUGUCUGAUUCAUGUGGCUGGAGAGUGAAUUGACCCCACUGCGGGGGAAGAAUUGUACUGUUGCGAUGAUGACGCUGCGAAAUUAAUGUGUGGGAAAUUCUGCUGUCGUUUGAUUGAGCUGGGUUUGGGGUCUAUUCUAUCCUCUCAAUUGCCUGCCUCUGCUCCCUCUGCCAGCUCGUUGUCUUUGUACACUCUUCAAUCUGCGACCUUUCAAGCUUUGAAUAGCUUCUGGCUCUUAGGAGCGGUUCUGUUUCUCCUUCCCCAACCACAUCUUCACUUUCCCGCUUCUGCUUCGGAUUUGGUUUUGACAGUAGAGAAGUUCUGAGUACUUGAGUAAGUUCCUGGGCAAGCUUUUCCGUAGGAAGUGGGGUUCCUUACUAUUGGGUGUUCUUAGCGGCUGGUUUUAGUCUCUAGAUACAUAGCUUUUUUGUUGGUUCUCCAAUUCCCUACGGAGUAGAGCAUGGAGAUGGAAGGUAGACAGGAUAUCAAUGACGACAGCGAGUCAUAUAGAGGCAGCAUGUGGGAUUUGGAGCAGAAGCUUGAUCAACCCAUGGAUGAAGAAGCUGGAAAGCUCAAAACUAUAUAUAGAGAAAAGAAAUUCUCAGCAAUUCUGCUUCUUCGGCUAGCAUUCCAAAGUCUUGGAGUUGUUUAUGGAGACUUAGGCACAUCUCCAUUGUAUGUGUUCUACAAUACUUUCCCCAAGGGAAUCUCUGAUCCAGAGGAUGUAAUUGGAGCUCUUUCCUUGAUAAUAUACUCUCUUACUCUGGUCCCUCUCCUCAAGUAUGUGUUCAUUGUGUGCAAAGCACAUGACAAUGGUCAAGGUGGUACAUUGGCUCUGUACUCAUUACUUUGUCGACAUGCAAAAGUAAAGACGAUCCCAAAUCAACACCGGACGGAUGAGGAUCUGACAACGUAUAGUCGCUCUACUUUCCAUGAACAAUCUUUUGCUGCUAAAACUAAGCGAUGGUUAGAGAACCAAGCAUUUCGGAAGACUGGCCUUUGAUAGACCGUUAAUUACACAUGUUGUUACCCCUGUUCUUACACCGUUUGAGAUGUGAUUUCUCGUGUUUUAGGCCGAUUUCACGCUAGGUUGUGCUUGUUUGUGAUAUUUCAGGUCCUAGUACGUGAAUGGAGGCUUGGGAGCGAGUUUGGGGUCGAUUGGAUGAAGAUCGGGCGCGAGGCAAGCCGAUGAGGAAGCCACACGGGCACACAUAACCAUCACACGGCCGUGUGGAGGAGCAAGGUGGCCGUGCGAGUUUCGCCGAGAGCAAACACGGGCAGGAUGGAAAUCCCACACGGCCGUGCGACCCUGGCCGUGUGGGAAGCCUGAAGAUCGAACUAAUUGAUACGCCGCGUUUUGACUCACACGGGCAACUGGGUGAGCCACACGGCCGUGUGGCCUGCCCGUGUGAGUCGGGAAAUCUUGGUUUUUCAGCCAAUUUCGAGCCAAAAGAGAGAGGAUCGGACUUUUUGAGCAAAAACAGAGCCAUAGAGAGAGAAAGUACAAAGAACACAUCCUUGAAGCUAUCUUGGAGCUGGGUUUCAUCGAAUCGAGCUUGGACAUCGUCCUAGGAGUGGAAAUCAUCAUCCCGGAGCAGAUUUUCCUCAUCUUUAUGAGUAUGACUACUCCGAUUACUGUUUUCCUCUCUCUCUCUAUGGAGUAGAACCCCUCUCUCACUUGGGGAUGAAGAACCCUAGUUCUAUGUGUUAGGGAUUGAUUGUAAUGACUUGGGAUGAUAUUACUGUUUGAUUUUAAUCGAAUGAUGCAUGUUUAUUGAGUAAAUUGAAGUCUGAUCAACUUUCCUGAUUCCUGCUGCAAUCUGAGAUAGAUAGAAUCUGAUUAGGUUGCUAGAGUCUCAUCAUUCGGUAGUAGGAGAUUGGCUAUACGAGAGUUAGCCAGUUUACUGCUUUGUACUGGAAUCUAUUUCCAGUAGUGGAGUUCUGUUCUUACUGCUUCAGCUUUCUAUCCCGGUGAAGACUAGUCGUCUGCCGGGUAGUUAGACUGAGAGGGCUUGGUCAGCUUAAGAGAUUCCAAGCUACUGUCGGAUCUUCCUCAGUCUAAUCAACAGGUAAAUCAACCCAGGGUAAUUGCAAUUGAACCUAACUAAGGAGCUAGGGGGACUCAUUCUCGAGUGACUCUUUCCUGCUUGAGAAAACCGAAUAAUUUCCUGCUUUCUUGCGCUUUUAGUUUAAACACAAAUCACUCGACUUAGUUGGUUAGAUAAUAAAUAAUCAUGGAGUAAGCAGUAGAUCUAGACCCCGGGUUGAUAAUAGAACUUGCCUGUUACUGCAUUCCCGGACUGCGAUUACACUUGGUCGCAGUUUGGUGUUGUGUUUUGGCGUGUCAGCCUUCUUAUUCUUGUUCUUGUUGGCACCUGUAUGGUGAUUGGCGAUGGAAUUUUGACUCCUGCUAUUUCUGGUAACUUCUCGUCCUCUUAUCUAAUCAUUUUCAUGUCCUAUUUCGCUGCAAUGUAAUCAGCUAUCUCAACUGAUAUCCUGAACGAAGAUUCUCCUUUGUUCCAAGUGUCUACUUUCAGUUCGUCUGCUUCUGUGGUUGGCUGUAUCUUUGUAAUGCGCUUUGGUGCAUCUAGUUAGUUUUCAUAUCUCUGAAAGUAGUGCUGAGUCCAUGUAUGUGGUACAAGGGAUAAGGAAAAAAUCAUGCAUUUGUUUCUCGUGAUUGUCUAGUCAUUUCCUAGAACCAUUUGCUUCAUAGGUUACGUAUGCAUCCACCUUGUUAGUUGAAUUCUGAAUUCCCUUUCCCAGCUUCUCAUUAUGAGGUUGUCUAUGUCUCUCUCACCUCAGUCAAAUUCUUCAUGGACCUAUUUCAGUGUGGCUAUUGCAUCACCCAAGUUUCUUUUGAAUAUGCUAAUAGAAGUACCAUGCGUAA